GUUUCGACAUAAUAGGUCCGUGGUUUUCGAUUUGGUAUAUGAUCAUGGUCCCUGGUAUGAGCAGACCAUGCAGCAGAACGACUUCGAGGAAAUCUUCUCCUUAGGUCUCUCAAUCUAGUAAAGAAAUAUGCUGUCCAAAAGGAGAGCAAUGAUUUACAUCGUGCUUGCUAACACGGUGUUUAUAUUUUUCUAUUUAUUCGGGACAACAAGUUUGCAUCUGGAUAGUCCGCUCCAAUCUCGUUCUAAAAAGAAAUAUGAGACGACUACUGCAUUAGAUCGCCAUGCUACUACUACGCAGAGCAUACCAGAUAACGUUGAUGACAAAGUGAAAGGAAACCCUGCCACGAUCCAAAAGCCUUCAUCUCGAGAGGCACUUAGUUGGAGAAAAAAAAUUCAUUGGGAGUCCAAAAUAGACCAGCAUGACUAUCGCAUCCUCAUUAACCCUCGGAAUAUAUGCAAGCAGUCGGAAAAUAUAACUUUGCUUAUCCUCGUCAAGACAAGAGUGAGUAGCAUAGAAGAGAGGAAUAUAAUCAGAGAAACGUAUGGUCAUGGUAUUGUGAAGUAUAAUGUGUCUGCAACGAUUCUAUUUCUACUUGGAAGAGAAAGUACAUAUAAUUCAAUUGCACAGGUUGAUCUCCAGAAGGAGGCUGAUCUACACGGAGAUAUUCUUCAAGAGGACUUCAUAGAUACCUACUACAAUCUAACCAUCAAACUAAUUAUGGGUUUCAAAUGGGCAUCGAUGUCCUGCAGUAAUACUUACUUUGUAAUGUCAACAGAUGAUGAUUGCAUCGUCGACAUCGUUAACCUUGCCAAUGAUCUCGAAUCAAACACAUCUUCGACGUUUCUUUCGAAUUUUGCCCUGGCCGAGCGAGCUAUCAACUGGUUUCCGCACCGCGAUCCUGGUGAUAAGUGGUACACUCCGCGGGAACUUUAUUCGGCUGAUCGCUGGUUACCCUUUCCUCGGGGAUACGGUUAUGUAGUUUCCAGAGAGGUGGCCCAUCUUCUUUACCAAGCUUCUCAGAAGAUUGCUCCACCUGCACCCUGGGAUGAUGUCUACUGUGGUAUACUCUUACAUUCGUUGGGGAUAGAGAUGCAAGAUAUCAUAGUUUGGUUUAAGACCAAGCGUGCACUUGCCAAAUUAACAGCACCAUUGAAGGUUCAGGACCACUAUGUGAUUGGGGGAAACGGAAAUACAAUGAACAUGAUGAACACAUGGACGGCAGUUGAAAAGAGGUACCAGACAUAAACAUGAGGAUAUAUAAGUAUAUUAUUAUGAUGAUGAUUUCCCGCGGGAGUUUCCUGAUUCAAGAAAUGUAGAUGCAACAUAGUAUCAAACUUUAUUGUACCCAGUUGCUGAGUUGAAUUCUUUUAGCCGAAAUAUAUGAAAAGCCAUUUUCGCAAAAUAAUAAUGUUGACCGAAGUAUCAAGCUUAUCGACGCGCUGAACACCUCUCUCUCUCUCUUAGCUGAUCCCUCCACUAUUUGGAGAUUCCUAGGGUCCAAGGUAAACAGAUAUGUUCCAUAUACGCUGUCAUUCUGGUUUAGGAGGUUUGAACCAUGUCAGUACGGAAUACAUCAAUUUUGUGGAGGAAAAAGAGAGAUAAUAGGAGUAAACUAUUGUGUAGUUCCUUGGGCAAACAAGAGUGAAAUGGUAUAAGGGUGGCCUGAGUAAAGUCCAGUGGGUUGGCAUUGACAUAUAGAUCGACACAUGUUGGGAAGUCCACAAGGCAGUCCUUGACUUUGCCAAUAAACACUUGACGGAGAUGGUCUAGCUUGGGACACCGUGAUGUCAUCAUCAGCAGUCGCACCUGCUGUGCACCGACAAAUACCGCCACCAUAGGGCUUUCUUGAAUAACCUGUUUUCCAAGGCUCUGGAACAAAGCUAAUCUUGUUCACUUCCUGGUUGAUUUUAUAUUCCAUCUUGCCUUUCUCUCCCGCAAAGCUGGACAUUUACUGGAAAAGCCUAUAGAAUUUAGAUUUUUAUUGAGUUUCCACAGUUAUUUCGAUAAAAAGUGUAACCUUAAAAUGGCAUAUAUGAAUAUCAUACAUGGGGAUAACAAAAGUGAAGGUAGGGGUCUACUGCUUGUCCCCUUACAAAUAAAUAGGCCUACAUUUAAAUGUACACAUGUACAUAUAAAGUAAAAACACUAAAAAGCAAAUUUGUAUAACUAUUUUAUUAUUGUCCUAAUCGUCAUCUUCGUUUUCAGUAUUAUCGGCAUUUCUGUUAUUUAUAAUCUGUUAUUAUUGAUGGUGUAGGUCUAUUAUUAAUGGAAAUUAAGAUUUUCCAUUGCUUCGCUAAACACAUUAAAAGUGAAACGCAGAAAAACGAUUUUAACCGCUUAAGAGCUAUGAUUUGAAAAGUGUAUUUUCUUUUGGUAGAUAAAAUACUUUAUCAUAGUAUUUAGAUUUAUCAUUGUGUGCAGAUUGUGUUGAAUCCAGUAUGCGAAUGCAUCAUUCGAUCAGUCACAAUUGCUCCUGUUAUUCCUGUUAUCAGAAUGAGUAAGAAAAUGUGUUCAUUCAUGAACAAAGUUGAGUCAGUUUAAACUUUGCUUAACAGUAUUUAAUCCAAAUGGAAUGUAUUUUGAACGUAUACGAGAAUGAGAUCUAAGACCACGCUUGACUCAACUGUAUGCUGAAUACAAUAGGCACGGAAUUUAUUUUUCUCCAGUUUAGUGCGUCAAAUAGCUUGGCUUUCGAUGCUGCGGCUGAGUGAUUUUUUUUUGUCACGUAAAUGGUCACUUGAUUGAUGAUGCCCAUUUGCACUAGUGCCCAUUUGUAUGAUGUGUUUUUGUAAGUCAUAAAGGCUGAUUUUGACUAACCGAUCUAGGGCCGUUUCACAUAAGAUGGUAACUUUGUCAGCGACAACAAUGGUAGCACAGCCUAGCAACCAAUAUAAACUCAAGGCUUCCAUGGUGGUUACUGCAAUGGCAAAGUUACCAUAGUUGUAAGAGCCAAAAAUUUCCCGGUCAUAUCAUGGAACAGGCAAUGGUGUCAUAAGGCAAAAUUUUUGAGGGGGGGUAUGGUAUAUCGGGCUAAAAAUAAAAGUGCGAGCGUGCAAAAUGUUGACAUUUUUACUACAAAAACCCUAUUUUGUGAUAGAUUUUGACAUAAUGUUAAAGAAAGAUAUCAUAUUUCACCCUUCUCUCUUUUUUGUACGCCACGGUGAAUAGGAUUUUUGUUAUGAUUGUGCAUGCGCAUCAGGGCGAAGCUCUAUAUGCUCGAGGGGCCCAGUAUGGCGCGUUUGGCAAGAAGUAGCUUAAUAUAAGUCCCGAGCGAGCGAGAGAGAUAAAAAAAAUCCCCUUUUCACAUGAGAAUCUAACAUGAAGAUAGACGUGAU